GAACCAUGGCAUAUUCCAUUUCCAGUCGACCGUCUUCCCCUCGCCCUGGAGGCUGGAGCAACCACCAGCCUGCUUUGGCGCCACACAAACGUGCGCUCCUAGUCUGGUACGCCUCCCCUCAUGGCGACGGUCGCCGCGCAUCUCGGCUCCCCUCCACCGCCUCCUCUUCGACUCCCCGGCCGCCGCGCCACCUUCUCCACCGGAGCUCGCCGUUCCGCCACCGGCCGCUGUCGCAUUACGAGGUCGCGCAGGUUCUCCCGUUUGGAUUCAUGGACCACAAAGGCGUCAAUGUCUGGCGCGGAGCCUUCUGCUGGUGGCGAUGAUGCGAGUGAGGUUGUCGAUGUGCUGGAAGUGGAACCUAGCAAUCCUGGUGCUUCUUUCCUUGCGAAAGUGGCAGUUGCUCUGGGUGUUGCAGCGACGGUUACCGCGAUAUCAAUCUUCAUGAAGCAGCCUUCAUCUGUUCCAUCUUUCAGCAUGCCACAAAUUGUUGAUGCUUACGCACAGUCAGAUGCAGCCACAGCGACAAUUGGGUAUACAUUUUCUCUAUUUGGGAAGAAGGUCAUAAUUCCGGAAUAUACACCAGGGUGGGUCUACUUCUGGUUGCUCAUGGCUGCUGGAUUUGGACUGUUUAUUAGUGAAGAAGCUUUAAACGUUUGGGUUGGGAUUUCCUUGUCACGCACCCUUUGUUUGGACGGAACUUGGCAAUCUCUUGUUAACUCAUUCUCGAUGAAUGCAUCCUAUAUAAUUUCUACAGUAUUGUGGGUUUACUGGGGUGUUUGUAUCAGUGAUAUGGUUCCAUUCUAUCUAGGGAAGCUUUUUAGGCAAACAAGAGCAUCUGAAGACAUAUAUAGCAAGCUUGGAAUUGGCAAGGAGAAAGCCCUAAGCGUAUCCCAUGCGGUACAAAAGUACGGGAACCUAAUUGGCUUUGUUGAGCGAUUUUCGAUCGGCGUACGCAAUCCGACAUCAUUUUUAGCAGGCGCAGUGGGUGUAUCAGCAGACUGCUAUUUCGCUGGAGUUUGCUGUGGCUGUCUAUUUACUCUACCUAUCCAGCUAGCACUCGGAUUUCUCCUCAGAGAACGCCCGGUGGUCGCGCUCGCAAGCGUUGCAGCUGCCGUGCAUGCUCCCUUUGCAACCAGGGCAUCUGGACCGUGUUCCCUUACGCAGCGGCGGCGUGCACGGCGUUGUUCCUCUACCUCCGGCAACGCAAAUCCGGCGGGCGAAUGCAGUGAUCCAUUCUGCAUCCAGAACGGUUCCUUUUCACACCCCACACCCCAUGCAUGGUGCCUGCCAACUCACCCGACAGACUCCUAGAGAACUUCACUUGGGCUCUCGGAUAUACUAGGCCUGUAAAUUUUCAGAAAACUUUUCGAUUACUGUAUAGGCGUAGGAAUUAUUGUACAGUAGAUUCUUUACUGCUGUGCACUGGCAUUUCCAAUUUUCCAUUCUAGCGUAUGAAGACCUGUCAUUCUUGUGCUUUCACUAGAUUACAAGCUCCACGGUACUAGUCUUCAGUUCUCUCUCUUGUAUUUUUACUUAACUAGAAUCUUAAAGUGCCAAAGUGAUUUUGGAUGCACGUGCCGACGUGCACUCUUA